AUGACUCUACGCCCUCUGCUAGCAUAUUCCAUACCGAACGAUGACGCCAAGACGGAACGUAUUGACAUGUGCCAUGCAUUGAUGGUGAAGGCGAUCGGAUCAAAGCUUUACUUGGCGCCUCUCGAAGAGCCCAAAGUGCACAGGAUCUUUGAUAUCGGGACUGGAACUAAGUUAAGGGCUCUUGAGAUCAGCGAUGUUUUAACGGACGCCGAGGUUAUUAGAAACGACCUCAGCGCCAUGCAGCCGAGUGGGGCCCCAUCCAACGUCCGAUUUGAAUUUGACGACGUUGAAAACCCUUUGGGUGAGCAAGCCUACGACUACAUCAUAUGCUGA